UAAAACUGGUUUAAACACGAGUGUGAGUCAAUAAGACUCGCGCAGUGAUGCGGGGAGGAAGCUCGCGUCCUUUGGAACUAAAGUGACACGGAUUGCGACGGGGAAGUUUUUUUUAUGUAAAACUCCUUCAUUUAUUUAAGACACUUACAUAUGAUAAGGAAACCUGUUCUCGUUUCCAGGAAUGUGUGGUUUGCAUUAUUUUCCCCAUUACGUUUUUUAUGGAUUUCCAGUAUUCAUAUGGUUUCACUGACAGAUCGGGGUAGAGCUGACAGGUGAAUUGUGUAGGUAUCCAGACGCCGCCAGACGCCACUUUGCCUGCGUCGGACAUGGGACCCUGUGCUGGGAUCGGGGGGUACUUCACGGGAGGAAUUGUGCAGCCCUGAAUAACAGCUGGAUCCGGCGACAACGUGAAUGCAGGGACUGCGCUCCGUGAAGAUGCGUUACAACCGCGGCUUCAUCCUGCUGAUUUUAAACGGGACAGCUUGCAUACUGGCCCUUGGACCGGAAGACCCCUCUCCGAGCUUCAAAAGCUCCCCGAGCGAGCACUCCAAGUCGGUGGGAGUGUUGGACGGGCCCAGUCUCUCUCCGCUGAGCCGGUGGAUGAUGCACAGCAAGAGCCGGGCGGCCAACUCCACAACACUGGAGCUGCCGUACCGUGCGGCGGUGCCCCCGUCCAAGCAGGAAUUCUGGGAGAUGUUGGGUAGCGAGGCACAGCCGGAUUCCACCGCCUCACGCACAAAACGCCGGCCCAUCGUCAAGACGGGCAAGUUCAAGAAGAUGUUUGGCUGGGGUGACUUCUACUCCAACAUCAAGACGGUGCGUCUGAACCUGCUCAUAACAGGCAAGAUCGUGGACCAUGGCAAUGGCACAUUCAGCGUCUACUUCCGACACAACUCUACGGGGCAGGGCAACAUCUCCGUCAGCCUGGUGCCACCUGUCAAGGCCGUGGAGUUCGACCUGGAACGCCAGAGCGUGGUCUACCCCAAGGACUCCAAGAUCUUCAACUGCCGGGUGGACUACGAGAAGGUGGACCGCAACAAGAAGACCUCGCUUUGCAACUACGACCCGUCCAAGACGUGCUUCCAGGAGCAGACGCAGAGUCACGUCUCCUGGAUCUGUUCCAAGCCCUUCAAGGUCAUCUGCAUUUACAUCUCCUUCUACAGUACGGACUACCGUUUGGUCCAGAAGGUCUGCCCAGACUACAACUACCAUAAUGAGAUGCCCUACCUGCCCUCAGGUUAGAGACGGUGAAAAGCUCUGGCAGGGCGGGGCUACGAGUGGCCAGGAACAGCACAGCACCCGGAAGGGGAAUUCUCUAAGAAAGGAUUUCCACACCAGACCGAAGUCACAUUCGAUUUUACAUUCUCAUUUUAUCCAGCAUUAUUUAUUCAUUCAUAUCAAUUGACAAAUAGCUACUUAUUCCUCUAAUUGUAUUUUAUUUCAACGACAGAUUCUAUUCUCCUCAGAAGUAUUCUUUUGACUUUUUUGUAUAUUUUUUUACUCGAUGUACGUACGGUUCGAGAAAAGCACCAACAUACUUUAGAAGAAAUGGGUAACCUUUUAUAACAAGCGACGA